AUACAUCUUAACUGUAUGUUGUAAAUUAUAUGUAUAUACAUUGACAUAAUGGUCAACUUUCAUUUUUACACUGAUGAACUUUCAGUGAUGUAAAUCUUUUUAUCACUAUGAUCAGACAUGUCUCAAAGGUAAAAAAUAAAAUCACAGAUAAAACUUUUUUAAUCAAAAAUCACAGAUAAGCUUCUAAGCGAAAGUAGGAGUUUGUUUUCAGGUAUAAUUUUUGUUGAUUCAAUUUCACUAGCUAAAUCGAUAUUUGUUUAGAAAUUAAUUAGUUAGUUAAUAUUAGCCAAAACUAUAGUACCUAAUAUUACAAAUAAUUAUGGGAGAACUUCAAUUUUACCAUAAAUUUGAUAUCAGUUUUCAAAUUUAUAUUUAAAAGAUAAAUAUUUUCAUAAGUAUCUUAAUUUGUAAUGAAAAAUAUUAAACUAACUUUUCUGAAUAUUUAUAGAUGUUUAUAAAAUCAAAUCCACCCUUAAAUAUUAAAUUCUAAACAAUCAUCAUUGAACCAUGAAUCCAAAUAUUUGGAUGCUUGGAUGUCAAUUUGACCUAAAUUAGAUAUUUUUGGUCUUACACUCUAAGUUACAAACAUCCUAGAUUGUUUAUCGAUAAGUAAUAUUUUUUUCUUGGCCAACAAAGACUUUAAUGCGUUACUAUUAUAGGUGGUAUUAUUAGAACUUUGUUAGAAUUUUAAUGUGUUAUUAGAAUAUUGAUAGGUGAUAUUAUUAAUGUGUUACUAUUAUAUAUGCUAGUUUAGUUGAGUAACCAAUUUUCAAAGUAAUAGCUAGUUGAGCAAUAACAUGGAAAAGUUGAAAGAAGUUUUAAUCUAGUACACGGAUUGAAUCGAUGUGUUAUAUAAUUUCAUGUCAAACAAAUUUAACCAAAAUCAAAUCUAAUAUAAGUGAAAAUCGGUAUAUUGGUGAUUAUUUUAUAAACCGAAAUAUUUUUUUGUGCAACAAACCAAAAUCUCAAAACCAAAAUCUAAUAUAUAUAUAUAUAUAUAUAUAUAUAUGUAUAUAUGUAUAUAUAUAUAUAUUAAAAUUUCCGUUUAUUAAAAUUAAAAUUUCUGUUUAUUAAUAUUCUUAUAUAUUAAACUUUCCGUUUAUUGACGGUCAGGAUUAGAUUUCUCAAGACCAAAAUCUCUUCCGUCCAUCUUCAAAUUUACCACCUGAGGAGAUUUGAAUGAAUAAAGGGACCACAACGGCCAAUUUCACCGACAAGAGUAAUAAAUUAACUAACACAUUUUUGUACAAGAAUCCAUAACGUUAACAUUCACUCACUAUCACACACACUCAAUGUGUUUCAUUAUUACUGUCUCUCUCUCUUUACAAAAAACCCUCACCAAACUAAAACUGACAAAGAGAGAAGAUACUGAAAAAACAUCAAAACAUGAGCUACAACAUUUUCUUCAUCCUUAUGCUCACUCUCGUCCACUCCACUUUCUCUUCACUAUCUCCACCAGACCGAGCCGCGCUCGAAUCCAUCAGAGACUCUUUAACCGAUAUGCCAGGCUCAUCCUUCUUCUCAACUUGGGACUUCACAACCCCUGACCCUUGUUCCACCUUCUCAGGUCUCGCUUGCACUUCUCUCGGCCGUGUCACCACCUUAUCUCUCGGCCCUAACCUCUCCGGUUCACUCUCUCCUUCUAUCUCCAACCUAACCCAUUUAACCCAACUCGUUCUCUACCCCGGUUCAGUCACCGGUCCUCUCCCUCCUCGGUUCGAUUCCCUCCCUCUCCUUCGAGUCAUUUCCUUAACCAGAAACCGCUUAACCGGUCCUAUACCCAAUUCUUUCUCAUCUCUUUCAUACCUCCACACUCUUGACCUUAGCUAUAACCAACUCUCAGGCUCUAUCCCUCAUUUCCUCACUACACUUCCACGACUCAAAGUCCUUGUCUUAGCCUCGAACCAGUUCUCCAACAACCUUAAACCUGUCUCUAGCUCCUUGUUCCAUUUAGACCUAAAAAUGAACCAAAUCUCCGGCCAACUCCCACCGGCUUUCCCCACCACUCUCCGGUACUUAUCUCUCUCCUCAAACUCAAUGCAAGGCACAAUCAACGCCUUGGCGCCAUUAACAGAGCUAACAUACAUCGAUCUCAGCAUAAACCAAUUCACCGGAGCCAUCCCUAACUCACUCUUUGGUCCAACAACCUCAUCAAUGUUCUUACAACGAAACAACUUCACUUCAAUCUCCAACGCCACCGCCAUUUCAUUACCUCAAGGCUCCACCGUUGAUAUGAGCCAUAACUCUAUCUCUGGAGAGUUACCUCCUUCGCUCGCCGGAGCAGAGUCUCUGUUCUUGAACAAUAACCGUUUCGCAGGAGAUAUUCCAGAGGAAUACGUCAGAAGCUUAACCAACGGUACGACGAAAACGCUCUUCUUGCAACAUAACUACUUGACGAGAUUCCCUUGGAACUCUGGUUCUCAACUACAGGACUCUGUUUCGCUCUGUUUGUCAUAUAACUGCAUGGAGACGGAUCCAGUCGUCGGUUUGUCCACGUGUCCGGUAGAAGUUGCACCUCUGCUCUCAAGGCCUGCUAUACAAUGUUCUCGCUUUUACAAUCACAGCUCCACUGGUUGAAGUUUUGUUUUUUUCUAAAAAAAUGACAAAUUUUAUUUUAUCUACAGAAGAUAAUAUUUUUUUACAAGAAAUUCAACCGUUAUGUCUGGUAGUGUUUUCUUGAAAAAAUCACAAGUUUUUAAAAGAUCUGUGAAAGAGUGGUCCUCACAUGUAAAAAAUAGACUAUAGUUUUUAUGGAAUAUAAAAUUUAUA